AUGCCCUAAUGGCAAAUCAUUUGGAAGACCUUUUAUAAACAUCUCAAAAUCUUAAGGUGGGACCAAUAUCAACAGUGGAGAUGGCAUAAUCACUUUUAAUGGGCUGACACUACAUUCAAACCGAUAUUAAUACUCCAAUUCAUCUUCAUUAUCAUCAGAUUGUCCAUUUUGGCAGAUAACUUGUACAUCUAAAUUACCUUGGCAACCCAAAUCUGUAUCCACAUCCUCCUAUUCCUGUCAUUUUCUAAAGCUAUUUCAGAAGAAUCACAUUUCUUCAUACAAUUUUUGCCUCUCAUUCAAUAAUAUUGUAUGUAUUGGAUCUGCUACAUAAUCAAAGAGAAGGACUAUUUUAUGCUGUAUGUCACUCUAAUUACCAUCUAUCAGAGCAUGUACUCUACCUUACACAUGAAGUUUAUGACAAUUAUAUUGUUCUUAAUUCAGAACAUCUUCCUUGCUGACUUACCCUCAUUUGAAGGAUUGUUUAUUUCAACAGCCCUUCUAAUCCUAUAGAUUUUGAGAAAGGAGUUCCUUUAUUUACAACAUUUUCAAAAUCUACAAGCCUUAUUCAUGAUAAUAGAUUCUACUCCUCAAGCUAUGUGCAUAGUCCAUAAGGACAAGAAUUUCAUGCUUUAUUCAAAUAAGAUUUUUGAUAAUUUAGCCAACAAAUUGGAGAGUACCAAUUAAGGUGAGACUGAUUAAUCGCCUGAAAAAAGUUCUACUGUUCAUUCAGCGAGAAAUUAGUUAAGUUUUUUAUAGAAUCUAUAAUUGGAUGAAUUGAAUAACAAUUAGACUCUAUUUGAUUUCGAUGAUGAGGAUCUAGAAAUGGAGGAUCAAUAUAAAAUUAAAAAUGUAACUUAUUGUAAAGAAAAAACUCAAUUGUUGUCAUAAAAUAGAUUUUCUGUUGAAAUCUAAUAAUUACCCCCCAAAAGUCAUUAAUAAUAAUAGAAGUUUUUCUAAUCCUUCAAGAAUCAAGAAGAUGAGAGCAUAAUAAAAAAGAAGUUCACGUCAGAUGUGACUAUGAAGAUAGAAUUCAACAAUUCUCCCCAGAUCAAUAUUAAUUCGGCUGGCAAGAAGAGUUCUCGUAAAAGAUCUCAAAAUCAAAUCAGAUUAAAUAGGUCCUCUGUGUAUGCAACACCAAGUCGCAAAAUCUCGGUUGAUCAAUUAUUGUCAAAGGAAAGCAAAGAGCAUCGAAAUUCCAAUCAAAAAUAAUCAUUAUUUGAUCAAGAUUUAAAUAUUACACCUAGAAGUAAUCCAACCAUCAAUCAUAAAAUGAAAUUCCUAGUCAAUGUUUUAGAAAAUUGCAGAAUAUUCGAUAAUGAUGAUGGUUUACAAAUCUAUUUCAUUAAUGAAAUCAAUCAAAUCCUAUUAAGAGCCAAACUCAAGAAAUUGGAAUCCAUUAAGAAGAAUAUUCUUAGAUCAAUUUCCCAUGAAUUGCUCACCAAUCUUAAUGCCAUUUUUGGAUUCAUCAAACAAUGUCAAGACAAACAAUCUUCUAAAGAGUCUUGUGCCUUGCAAUUAGAAUAAGCACUCUGUUAUACUAAACUCUAGUUGUAUAAGAUAUACGAUUUCUUCGAUUACAGAGACAUUCUAGAGGAGAGACUAAUCAUGAAAUCAGAUAAGUUUGAACUAAAUUCAGUUAUUUGGGAAUGCGUAGACCUACUCAAAGAUUAAAUUGAAAGGAAACUCAUCUCAAUUAAAGUUAAAUUGCCAGAGGUUUCAUAUAUCAUACUAGGUGAUCGAUAGAGAUUGUGUUAAGUGCUCCUUAAUUUGAUUGCCAAUGCUAUUCGAUUUACUUUGAAGGGUGGAAUUACUAUAUAAGUUGAGAAAAAACAAUACAUAGAGUCGAUGCAAGGAAUAGAUGAUGUACAAUCAUUUCAUCAAUCAGACUCAAAUUUGAUACAAGUUUCUAUAAGUGAUACUGGAAUAGGGAUGAGUGAAUAAGAAUUAUACAACCUGAGAAAGAAGUUACACCUCGCUGACGACGAUGAAAAAGUGUCCAAAUAGUCAGUUGGAAUAAGUUUAGGAUUGUCGGUGUGCAAGUACAUUGUAAAACAUUUGGCACCCAUGCAUUAGAAUUAUCUCUCGGUUGAAUCAUAGUUGGGUGUGGGCUCAUAAUUCUAUUUCGUAUUGUAAUAUGAUGAAGAGUAAGUUCAAUUCGAGCAAAGUAAUUUAUAAAAUUCAUUUAUUCAUACAAUCCCCUUCUUAGAAUAACAAAGCACUCAACAGGUUCGAGUUUUAAAUUAUAAUAAAUUCGGCAAGUCUUAAAUUGGAGACUAAUUGAAAAGUCUAGACACUAAUAUUUGUAAAUGCAAAAAGACACUAAUUGUAGAUGACGAGCAAUUCAACAUUCACAUCCUUUCCCACAUCGUGAAGCAAUUAGGAUACGAUGUGGAUUACGCAUUCAACGGCUAACAAGCCAUAGAGAAAAUAGAAGUUUAGUUAGCUAAUCGAUGCAAUACAUCAACAUGCAUCGGCUACAAAUGUAUAUUGAUGGACAUUAAUAUGCCUAUUAUGAGUGGUUGGGAGGCUGUCUAAAGAAUUAGAUAAAUGGAAUACAAAAUCAAAUUAACUCGAACCAUACCUAUCAUUGCAGUUACUGCUUUCUGUAGUAUCCAAGAUUAAUAGAAAAGCAUUCACGAAGGUUUCAAUAGUGUUUUAAUCAAACCUAUAACGAAAGAAAAACUUUGUGAAUCUUUUCAUCAGUUCAAUAUUUGAUCAUAUUUUGUUUUUCUAAUUACUAUUUUUAAA